UCAUGUUAAAGAUGUUAAUUUUAUUACUUGUGAGUGUGGCAAACAAGAAAAUAAUAUGAGCAGUUAUAAUUGGCUAUUGCAUAUAGCUUCUUGUGUAGUACGAAGGUCAAAACUUACAAAUAAAAAUAUAAGCAACUAUUUCUCAAAAACGCCAUCAAUCAAUAAAAACGUCGGGUCAAACGAAAUUAGUGUUGCUGUUGCUGUUGCACCAAUUUCAGAAUCCACAACUUCAUCACAAAAUACUGAUAUUGGAUCAAAAAGAGGAAAUUUAGUUUCAAUAAAUCAAGGACUUCCAUUGUUUUUUAACACACCAAAAACAUUUACUAGCUAUCAACCAAAUGAUACAAAAUUAUCAUCAGUUUCAAACAAUGAAUCACCACCAACAACUCAAUUUUUACCUCAACAAGACAAUUUGUCCAACUUCCACUGUGAUAUAGAUAGGUUACUGGUAAAAUCAUUUGGCGCGCAUACUUAUGAAGACAAAAUGGAUAUUGUUUUGAGAGGGAGGCCUACUCCUAAAUUACCUAAUUUGAAAUCUAAAACUAAAAAUUGUUACCGAUAUUUUAAUGAAUGUUUUUAUAAAACAUGUGACUGGCUUUGUGGUUGUUCGGAUAAAUUGUACUGUUGGCCCUGUUUGCUCUUUUCACAUAGUGAAUCGAAUAUUUGGUCAAAAUAUGGGUUUACUGAUAUGUCUAAUUAUCAUGGGUUAAAAACUAGACACGAAUUAAGUCAGCUACACAUUCAAGCCUUGGUAAAUUUAAAAACUUUUGGGAAUAAUAGGAUAGAUAUUUGUUUAAGUGAAAAUUUAAAAAAAAACAUAAAUAAACAUAAUGAAAAAGUAGAUAAUAAUAGGUAUGUUAUAAGUAAAUUAAUUGAUAUCACUUGUUUCCUUGCCAAACAAGAAUUAGCUUUUAGAGGUCAUGAUGAAAAAUCAAGUUCUUUAAAUAAAGGUAAUUUUGUUGAAACAUUUAAUUUACUCUCUUCUGUUGAUGAUAAACUAAAAUUCCAUAUUUCAAAUUCUACUGUUUUUACAGGCCUUUCAAAUGACAUACAAAAUGAUUUAAUUAAUUCAAUAAAAAACGUUAUAAUUACAAAAAUUAAAAAUUAAAUUAAAGAUGCUGACUUCUUAGCAG